UCAGAGCGCCUAUCUGCUCCUGCCGUCUCUCUUCGGAUGUUAUACCUAUGCAAACACAUCGGAGAACACACCGGGAUGUAUACGGAUGUGUAUGAGAGCGACAACUCUGACUUUUUCCUCAAACUUUUAACAACCUCCUCCAUUCACUAAAGGUGGAUGAAACUUUUUAUUUUGUGAAUGAGUAUCCCGCCGCUGGCUGCCACAUCUGGACGUCGUCGGAGCUGUCAAGUCCAGAGCCAACGUUUAUCCGGACCUGACCUGACCUCCUUCCUCUGUUUAGUCCUCCCUUAAACUUUAAGGCGGAAUACUGGACUUUAAACCCUUGUGUCUUUAUUUUUAAAACUUUUUUUCCACAAUUGCAAUGCCCAAAAUGGAACACUCGGUCCUCAGAAUAGCAUGCGUCUUGGUGGUUAUCUGUCUUUUGGAUAAAAGGGUAGACUCCAAUGAAAUCUUGGGCCUGAAGCUCCCCAACAUCGACCCGAUCCUGAAUGCCAACACCGUGUGUCUCACGCUGCCGGGUUUAACGCGGCGCCAGCUGGAGGUGUGCAUGCGCAACCCAGACGUGACUGCUUCAGCAAUCCAGGGAAUCCAGAUUGCCAUCCAUGAGUGCCAGCACCAGUUCAGAGGGCACCGCUGGAACUGCUCCAGCCUGGAGACGAGGAACAAAAUACCCUACGACAGCAUAGUCUUUAAAAGAGGUUUCAGAGAGAGUGCCUUUGCGUAUGCCAUCGCAGCGGCAGGCGUGGUGCACGCAGUGGCCAACGCUUGCUCCAUGGGCAAACUGAAGGCGUGCAGCUGUGAUGAGAAGAGACGUGGGGACCAGGAGGCUUUCCGCAUCAAACUGCACCGUUUGCAACAGGAGGCCAUCAACCGGGGGAAGGGUAUGGUCCACGGGGUCAUGGAGCACUUCCCUGCCGACCUCCCGGGAUCCCAGGACUCCUGGGAGUGGGGCGGCUGCAGCCCCGACGUGGAGUUCGGUGAGAAGUUCUCCAGGGACUUCUUGGAUGCUCGCGAAACCUACAGGGACAUCCACGCCAGGAUGAGGCUGCAUAAUAACAGAGUUGGCAGACAGGUGGUGCUUGACCACAUGAGAAGGAAAUGCAAGUGCCACGGGACGUCGGGAAGCUGUCAGCUGAAGACCUGCUGGCAGGUCACCCCGGAGUUCCGGGUGGUGGGCUCCAUCCUCAAAGAGCGCUUCAACCUCGCCACCCUCAUCAAAGCUCACAACCGAAACACCGGACAACUGGACCACUCCAACCACAACAACAACAACCACCACAGUCACCAUAACCAUCACAACCACCACCACCAUCACCAUCACCAUCAUCAGAACAACCACCACAACCACCAUCACCGGCGGAGGCCGAACGUCAACGAACUGGUCUACUUUGAAAAGUCGCCAGAUUUCUGCGAGAGGGACCUGGGUUCGGACUCGGCGGGCACGCAGGGCCGGAUCUGCAACAAGACCAGCCCCGGCAUGGACAACUGUGAGAGUCUGUGCUGCGGGAGAGGCCACAACAUCCUGCAGCAGACGCGGAGCGAACGCUGCAACUGCAAGUUUCACUGGUGCUGCUAUGUGGUGUGCGAAGAGUGCAGGAUAACAGAAUGGGUCAGUGUCUGUAAAUGAAGAAACACACACUAAAAGACUGUACACAAUAAAGAAAACAAAGAAAAAUAGACUUUUUUAAAACCAAGGAUAUUCAUUUCAAAGGGGAGUAAGACUGUUAUAUAUUUGCCCCAUACCUUUUUGCGAUGGACUGCUGUUUUCCAGAAGCGGGAGGACAGUGUGUUAAGCAGUAGAUCCAGCAGAAAGAUAGAUGCGCAUGUUGGUAAAGAGCGUGCACAUGCAAAAUAUGUCUAAAGCUGCCACAACUCAGAGAGUUCGGAUGUUCACUGACUUCCUUUUGAGACAAAGGAACUUAGUUGUAUCAGAUAGUUAUCUGAAAGCUAAGAAAUCUGGGCUGAUAAUGAUUGACAUACAGCUGCAUGAGAUCCAGGUGUGCAAACAGGAAGUUGAGAGAAAGCAGUAGAUUGCAUGCAAAAAAGAAAAUAGUAUUGCUUCAUAGCACCAGCAGUAUGGAAGGUCUGAGACAAAUAAAGACCUUUUCCCACAUCAGGAUUCACAUUCACAGGAUUUGACACAGCACACAACACCCAGAGCACUUAAGGAUUUAGUGCCUUGUUCAAGGGCAGUUCAGAAGUUUCAAUGUUCAUACCAACUAUCACAUUUUCACCUAAAAUAACAGCAGGGGACUGUGUUGCUUCACUGACAUGUUAAUGUAAAUGUCAAUUUUAGUAUGUUGUACGCAUAAUGUGUAACCCUGCAAAUGGUGAUAGCACCCCACAAUACGUUCACAUGAAUCCCAAAAAGGACUGGACUAUAUGAGUAAAAGGAGCAAAUUACAUCAACGAUGAAGCUAAAGUCAACCAAAAGACUACAAAUCAGCUACAAUAGAGCACUAACCCUAUACACGCUAAGGUUAGCCACCCUAAAUCAGAGCACAGAUUGUCCAAAAAGUUCCAUGUGUUGUGUGUGGUGUGUAAGAGGACUGUCAGAGUACACAGUGCACAAUAGACCUUCAUUUUUAGCAUGAUAUAAAUGUAAAUACAAUUGAAUAAUGUUGCACAAAUACCAUCAAUAAAUGUAAAGGGCCUCGGGAAACUGAGAGCACGUGAACAGGCUUUGGUUACUAACACUAUAAACAUCCUGAGCUGCCAUCAAUCAGUGUUUCCGGUUUUGUGAUGCAAUUUAGCGCGUGCAACACUGUAAGCUUCUUGUGAUAUAUCCACACUCACUUUCUCCACACUUCUUCCAUGUGUGCUAAUAUGGAUACUAUCAAGUUCAUUUUAAAGUACAUUUAAAGCAAAGUUGAUAUGAAUGUCUCUAUGAUAUGUAUUUGAGUGAGGCUCCUUAUCAGGCAGUGUAAUUUAUUUCAAGCAAAUGUGUUUCUGUGUUGAAAGCAGAUGGGUAAAAAAAAGAAAAUCUGGAAUUGUGUUUCCAGUGUUAUUUUGAUUUUGACGAGUAGUUUGCACAUACAGAACUGUGUCCAGGAAAACUCUGGGAGACAUCAGCAAUAUGCAUUUUUUUCAUGUCAUAAGUGUAAUGUAUGUAUGUAUGUGUUUUUAUGUUUUAAUAUCGCUAUUAUCUAAGUUAUUUUAUUUUUGUGGAUAACUUAAUAUUUGUAAGACAAUAAAGAAAGACCAUAAUAUUGAGAGGGGCUUUAAUGUGAUGAAUAAUAAAAUACACGA